GUAUUCACUACGCGGCAAAAUAUGUUUUACAGAGUUAUUAUGUUCCUUAUCAUGACAAAAUUUCUCAACGUUAUAAAAUCACAUAUCCCCAUGUUCUGAAAUGUAAUACUUCCCACCAGGAAACAUACAAGCUUAAGACAUCAACGGCAUCAUGCUUCCAUUUUUCGUAUUUUGCUACUUACUUUGCAUCUUACUCAAAUCAUCUAUUCUUUCUCUCGUUCUUCUGGUCCGAUAUACCCUAAGCCAGUUCUGUGGCUUGUUUUCCUCUCGUGUCGACGACACCGUUUCUCUCUACACAGGCACUCUCAUUCAUCAACGUCGCCGGCCUGUUGGCCAUUCUUUCCAAUCUUCGGUUCGCUACGCUCUUAUUGACCUAGACCGCUCAUCCUCCAUACCACCCAACCACUUAUCUGCUAAAGAAGCUCGGUCUAUUGCGGAAACGAACGGACCAGUGCUUCUAUUGACAGUCCCUCCGAGCGUUGGAUAUCAACGAAGUCCAGUGACAUUGUAUUAUUGCUAUGAUCGUAAUGAAUCUUCGGCUAAUAUAUUGAAAAAUUGCAUCGCUGAGGCAACAAACAGCCCAUGGGGCGAACAGUUACGAUUUGUUUUCAACCCUCAUUCUGAUCAUAUUUCCAAAUCACUUCACGUCAGCCCCUUCAUGGACAUGCUCGGGGACUGGCAUUUGAAAACAAGGGCCCCGGGGAAUAGUUUGUCACUCACAAUUUCAGUUAAACACCCCGUUUUGGGUAAUUACUUUACAACAUCCUUGACUGCUAAAAAACUCUUAACCACAUCUAAUGUUGAUUAUGAAUUCUUCUUCUGGCUUAUGCCGCAUAAGGGUGCAAUUCAAACGUAUUUGCAAUCUUUUCAGCUGCUGUCAACUGUUCAAUUUUUCGAACAUCCAAAAUAUAAAAACCCAGAAUUUACCGAAGAAAAUUUGAAGGCUGCCAGAGGUCGUGGAUGCUGCAUGGCUUUUUCUGGGAAUUCAAAUAAUAAUCCUCAAAUUGAUGGACAUGAGCGCUGGUGUUCUUUUAAGCAAGCAAAGUGGCCAUGGAACUGAAAACGUGUGGAAAAAUAAUUUCAUUACUGUUUUUACAUGUUUUCUUUACACUAAUAAAAGGAUGAGUCUUUAAUUUCUUGUGAAUACAGAAAGAGUUUUCCAACUGUCUAGGACAAUAAAAGUUUGUACUCUGUGAAACAAGACAAUAGUCUAUGUAGACGAUUUUUUUUUUUUUUUGACAGAAUCUAUGUAGAUGAUAUUUGGAUAAGGAUAAAAAGGUAUUUCAUAUUUGUUUUGUUUUA